AGCUUGCUCCAGCUCCAGCUGGGCCUGGAGUGUUGGACCUGCCUCAGCAGGCUCAGGCUCUCUGCUCCCCGCCUGAUACUUCACCAUGGCCACGAAGGUAGACAGUAGACUUGGGGGGCUCCCCAGCAGUGGCUGCGACAUGGGCACAGCCCGCGAGCACAUGCAGGCAGUCACCCGAAACUACAUCACCCACCCCCGUGUCACCUACAGGACUGUGUGCAGUGUCAAUGGGCCCCUGGUGGUGCUGGACCAGGUCAAGUUUGCCCAGUAUGCUGAGAUCGUCAACUUCACCCUGCCUGAUGGGACGCAGAGGGCUGGGCAAGUGCUUGAGGUGACUGGGACCAAGGCAAUUGUUCAGGUUUUUGAAGGGACCUCUGGGAUUGAUGCCCAGAAGACCACCUGCGAAUUCACAGGGGACAUCCUACGGAUUCCAGUGUCAGAGGACAUGCUGGGUCGGGUUUUCAAUGGUUCUGGCAAACCCAUUGAUAAGGGGCCAGUGGUCAUGGCAGAGGAUUUCCUGGAUAUCAAUGGCCAGCCCAUCAACCCCUACGACCGCAUCUACCCGGAGGAGAUGAUCCAGACCGGCGUCUCUCCCAUUGACGUCAUGAACAGCAUUGCCCGUGGUCAGAAGAUUCCUAUCUUCUCAGCAGCCGGGCUCCCCCACAACGAGAUUGCCGCCCAGAUCUGCCGCCAGGCUGGGCUGGUGAAGAAGUCCAAGGCUGUGCUGGAUUAUCACGACGACAAUUUUGCCAUCGUCUUUGCAGCCAUGGGGGUGAACAUGGAGACAGCCAGGUUCUUCAAGUCUGACUUUGAGCAGAAUGGUGCUAUGGGGAAUGUCUGCCUUUUCCUGAACUUGGCCAAUGACCCCACGAUUGAGCGGAUCAUCACCCCGCGCCUGGCACUGACCGCGGCUGAAUUCCUAGCCUACCAGUGCGAGAAGCACGUGCUGGUCAUUCUGACUGACAUGAGUUCCUACGCAGAGGCUUUGCGAGAGGUCUCAGCGGCCAGAGAGGAGGUGCCCGGGCGCCGAGGAUUCCCUGGAUACAUGUACACAGACCUGGCCACCAUCUACGAGCGGGCGGGCCGCGUGUCGGGCCGGGGGGGAUCCAUCACUCAGAUCCCCAUCCUCACUAUGCCCAAUGAUGAUAUCACCCACCCAAUCCCAGACCUGACGGGCUUCAUCACAGAGGGACAGAUCUACGUGGACAGACAGCUUCAUAACCGACAGAUCUACCCACCUAUCAACGUGCUCCCUUCCCUGUCACGGCUGAUGAAGUCUGCCAUUGGGGAGGGCAUGACCAGAAAGGACCAUGGAGAUGUCUCCAACCAGCUGUACGCCUGCUAUGCCAUCGGGAAAGACGUGCAGGCCAUGAAGGCAGUGGUGGGGGAGGAGGCGCUCACUUCGGAGGACCUGCUUUACCUGGAAUUCCUGCAGAAGUUUGAGAAGAAUUUCAUUAACCAGGGCCCUUACGAGAACCGCUCAGUGUUUGAGUCGCUGGACCUGGGCUGGAAGCUGUUGCGCAUCUUCCCCAAGGAGAUGCUGAAGCGCAUCCCGCAGAACGUGAUGGAUGAGUUCUACUCCCGCGAGGGGGCGUCACAGGACACCGCGAUUGACACUGCGUUCUAGCCCCGCCUGCAGCGUGGCCCGGAAGCAGGGUCCUGGGUUCCCUGCCUUCGGCAUCGGUUCACGCAGCCCUCCGUACCCUCCAUGAUCCCACACCUGAACCAAUCGCCUCUGCGCCCACGCUCAGCCCCCGCUCUAUCCCUCUCCCUGACUUCCUGGCACUGGGAAAGAACAUAUUGUUAAACCUGUAUUCUAUGUCUUGUUCUUAUAGGAGCAUUUGUAUUUUUAUUUUAAAAGCUCCCCAAAUAAGAAGUAAGUGAGAUGAAGACGUUCAUCUUAUGUGAAAAUGAUUGGCAAAGCUGGGGGUGAUGGGUACAUGAGUUCAUUAAACUAUUCUCUCCACUUAAAAAAAGAAAAGAAGCCACAUUAGCGUCUUAACAGCUGACAACAGAAUUCCUCUUUGGGAGUUAUUUGUCUUUGUUAAGAAAUAUGUUGAUAAAUUUCUUAGGUGGAACAUGUGCUCAGGGACCAUGGAAAGGACAAUCUCCAUGACAAAAGAUGUGUCUGACUCUGACCAGCUCCAGAGAGGAGGGAGGAGAGUUGCUGGGGAGAGAGCCUGGGGGACGUAGAGGUGGUGUGAAAUGGUGAGGAGAAAACCCUUCCGGUUAAAGAAAACGGGUGAAGAGCAUCCUAAAAACCAGGAUCUGGAUUUUGCUUUGAAAGCUCCCUGUCCUUCUUUAAUGUCAUCCCUCCUGUCUCCUCUGCCCUAUCAGCUAUGAGGUCAUGAAUUCUUCCUAAGAGUCAGGGCUGGUUGAAAGGAUGGAACUUCAGCAAAGGGCUGAGUUCCAUUUCUGGGUCAAUGUGCUGUGAAACCAGCCAGAAUUCUUGGAUCAAGAGCUGACACCAAAGGAGGCCCUAAGAAUAAAGUUCCAUCCCCAUAAUAAUUCACUGCCAUUUGGGGGAAAGCUUUUGGGUGUCCACAAGGCACAGAGUUGUUUAUUUAAUAAGUUUUAUUGAUAUGUAAUUCACAUACCGUACAAUUUACCUACUUAUAAUUGUAUAAUUCAACAACUUUGUAUAUUCAAAGUUGUGCAACUGUCACCACAAUCAAUUUUUAGAUUUUCAAAAAGAAACUGCACUGCUAGCCAUCACCCGUCCAAUCCCUUGUCUGCCCUUUCCCCAGCCCUGGGCAACCAUUAAUCUACUUUCAAUCUCCAUAGCUUUGCCUAUUCUGAACAUUUCAUAUA